CAAAUCCAAUCCUUGUAAUCUCUCGCACUUAGCUCCUUCUUAUUCCUCUUUCUGAAAAGAGAAUCGGAAAAUCUCAUAAAACCCUAACCCUAAUUUUGACUCCAACAUUGCCUUGGUCAAAUUACUGCUCCUUGCCACAUCCGUCACUGCUAGCUGCAUUUCAUAAUCUGAUAUGGGAGCUGGGACCGUUCAAACUUAUUCCAAUAUAUAUUUGAGCUAUGCAAGGUGUUGAUUGAGGAGAGAAAAAUCUUACAAUGGCAGAAUAUGUAGCUUCACCAUCGUGCGUCAAGCUGCAUAUGCAGAGAAGUUAUGUUGAGCAGAGAGGUUGCAUUGCCUGGAAUUCGCAUUUCAGGAUAGCUCAAAGGUCUACUUAUGCUUAUUUGCUUCCUGGCUUAUUACCCUGUACUUUUGCCCCGCUAUUUUCGUUGGGUUGUAAGAAGUAUUCACAUGGAGGCUGUAAGGUUGUCCAGCGCUCAGUGUGGAAAAUGUGGGAGCUUAAUCAUAGUUUAUUAAAUUUGAAACUAAGUCCCCGUCUCAGGGAGACUUCCUUAAAGUCUACUUGCUUGGGGUCUUUGGUAAAUCCUGAUGGUGCAACAGCCUCUGAUUGGAUACCCAUUGUUGAUCAAGUGCUUCUGAUGACCAGUAUGUUUCUCACAUACACUGCUGGAGUUAUUCCUGCUCGGAAGUCUUAUGUAAAUUGUCCAAACAAUAUCUACAAUGACGAUGUGGUCUCUGAAAGCUCAAACACUUCUGGUAGUGACAUGAAGAACGAUGACCGAGUUGAUUCAAAGAAUGCCUUGGAUGUAGUGAAAAGAAAACUUUUGGACUCUGUAAAUGCUCUUGAACAUGGCCGUAAGUUGGGGGCCAGGAUCCUUGAAUUUGAAGAUCACCAUGCCAAGCAACCUUUAAGUUUGAAUGCUGUUGCUGAGGGUCCAAGACUGCAUUUGCUUUGGGCUUCUUUUCGGCAAGUUGAGGAAGAGGUGAAUAAAAUCUCACAAAUUUCAGAAAUGGCUAAUAUGGACAAUUGUCUGGCAAUUUUUCCUGAAAUCAUGCAAAAAUGCUGUCAGCCUAUAUGCAUGACAUGGCUGGAAAAGGAGCUUCACCUCAAAGAGAGUGAUACUAACAAGGCACUCGCCUCUCUGAUAUUGGAAAGGUUAAAAGGGGAUGACACAGUUUUACAGAACAUCAAAAAGUCAGGCAAAGAAGAUUUAUAUGCGGAAUUUUUGUGCUUUCUAAGUUUUGGUUCUCUCAGGGAGGGCUGCUGUUAUGACAAUAGCUUAUUUAUUUUGCACGGAAUUUCCAUAUUGGAAGAUUUGGUGAUAACAUUAGCUGAUGGGAUUGCAAGCAUAUUUUUGGAGCUUAUUUCUGUUGAUGGCAAUUUGUCAAAUGAAAUGAAUAGACUGGGUCUGGCAUUAUGUACUUUGUCAACCCGGGCACUCCAAAAACUACGCAAUGAGGUGGCUUUGAACCAGUGGCUGUUUCAAAAUGUGGAGGCAAUUGUAUCAAUGUACGAGGAUCGCUUUGACCUAUGCAACCUGAAGAGCCAAAUCGUUGAGGUACCAAGAAAUAGCCAGACACAGAAUUAUAGUUGGUGGAAGAGGCUUACCCUUCAAAAAUCUGAAACUGUGUCAUCUCAAAUGCAUCAGAUUUUGAUAAGCCAAUUUUCCAUGUCUGUAAAGCGGACCAAGGAAUUGAGGGGCCUGAAAGGAUGGAGAUAUUACUUCAGCCUAUUGCUUGAGUUAUCUGACAUCAGCAUGCCCUUGAUUAGAGCUGUAAUUGACAAAGUCAGCAAUGCCAUCUCGUUCUUUCUAGUUUGCUUGAUUGGGAGGUCAUUAGGACUCAUCUAUACUGGAAUUAGGCAGUCACUGCGAUGGAAGUGAUUAUGUAAAAGGGACGUUUUUGUUGUUUAUUGCAAUUUCCCUUCACACAAGUUUUUGCCUCAGAAGAAUGUGACUUAGAACUUUCAGAUUGAAAUCUUCAAUUCUUUUGCCCGGGCCUUUUGAGGCUUCCCUUA